AUGGUGAACUUCGAAUGGACAAGUCCAGUCAGACGCGCCCCAAACCGUCUUUUACUUUCCCCAAUCCCCAAUGAGCUCUAUCUAAAAAUAUUCGGUUUUCUGGAACCAUCGUUGGAGACAAGUCCCUCCGAAAGCAAUGCGACACUCUCGAACUUGGCAAAAGUAUGCCGCUUUUUCUGCGUGUAUGCCAUUUCUCGGAUGUAUCGUUCCCUUGACCUCUCUGGAGAGUUGGAUGAAGGAGCGACCAGCAAUGGACAUAACGCGCUUUGUGGUUUGCUGGCGAAAGGCGAGACUUAUGCAAGCUCGGGCAGACCGCUCGACGAUAGUAUGGAACUCGCCCUACAAGUUGCUUCGUUUGUGGAAGAAUGCACGUUUAGAGAUUGGCAAUCAAGCAAGCCUGAGCGUUUGAUGCCAAUGGCAGAUGCAUUUCUCGCUCGCAACGCGCGCGCUGUACGACGUUUACCGAAAGUCACCAAGAUAACUCUCAUCAAUACUCCGCUCACUGGUCCGUUGAUCCAGAUGGCCUAUAAAUUAAGGUCGACGUUGACGACGCUUUGCAUUCACCAGUGCCCACUACCGCAACCGUUAUCGCAGGAUGAACGAGCCCGCCUAUCUAAACUCACUCUUUCCUCGCUUGAAUUCUUCUCGGGCGCCCUGACGACGCCGUUCGACUUUCCUCCAGACACGUUACGAUUGCAGAAUCUGGUUACAUUCAAAACCGACAGCGCUCAGUUGCGGGAGUACUUCUUCCGGAGACCUCACCCUAUGUUACGUUGCUUGGAACUCGAUGAUAUGCAGCUUUCCGAGAUGCCCCUAUUCUUUCAUCGGCUCCAAAACUCCCCAGCAUUGACGAACCUUAGCAUCCUCAAUGUCACAAUCCUGCGGUCUGAAGACGAUGACCCACCUAAAGUGCAAAAAUUCGCGGAUGUUGCGCUGCCCACACUAGAAACCCUUUCAAUCCCCGCUCUAUUACUCGACUCGUGUCUAUGCCCGACCGUGCGGAAGCUUUCCGUUCUUGGAACUCAAAGUGAUUUAUGCGCUCCUGGUGCCAUCGCUUUCGCAGCAGCGGGCAUUCACUCUCGUCUUCCCCUGCGGACCUUUCCAUCUCUCAGUCGGACCAGUAUUACGCCUCGACAACUCACGACAAGUUGCUUGACAGAACUGCAUAUCCCGCAACCUAUUUACUUGAGCAUUCCUAUCCAUAAAAAUCUUCCGACCCUCGAAGUCUUAGUUCUUUCUUGGUGUCAUCUGAACUUCAAUUGGCCUCCUCGUAAAGCUAUCCACCAUCAAGGUAUAAUCGAGUCCCUCAGCGGCAAGGGCGUGUUUCCUAGACUGCGUGAAUUACGACUUGAACUUUUUCACGGAUUUUCGGAUGAAUAUGCAGAUUAUAUGAACUGGGACCUUGCAAAAGAACGGUCAUUGAUAACAGGUCACCUCUCCAUGAUGUUUCCUCGACUGAUGUUCUUCACUCGAACACCUGUUUUCAUCUGGGAACGCUCCGGCGACAAUGCAAGGUGGAAUGUCAUCAUACCUCACCAGUACAAAAAACUGGUUAACUCGAGGUAG